AUGAGGAUGAGCUGCAAUGGCUGCAGGGUUCUUCGCAAAGGCUGCAGCGAUGACUGCACCAUUAGGCCCUGCCUUCAAUGGAUCAAGUCCCCUGAUUCCCAAGCCAAUGCCACUCUCUUCCUCGCCAAAUCUUAUGGCCGUGCCGGCCUCCUCAACCUCGUCAAUGUCGGCCCCCAACACCUCCGCCCUGCUAUAUUCAAGUCACUGUUAUAUGAAGCUUGCGGUCGGAUUGUUAAUCCAAUCUAUGGCGCAGUGGGGUUACUCUGGUCCGGGAACUGGGCCAAGUGCCAAGGCGCCGUUGAAGCUGUCCUCGCAGGGUCACCGAUCGUGGGUGGUGAUGAGGCUCAUCUCAAAGCCUGCGACAUACGCGGCGUGCCCAAGGAGGACUCCAUCUCCGCCGCUUCUCGUGAACUUCACAGGGUUAAAACCCGGGCAGGGUUCAAGCGGUCCGUUAUCAGGUCCAAGCCCCAAGUUGGCUCGGUGGUUUCAGAGCAUGUCAACGCGGGGCAGAGUAGUCAUGACUCGUGGCUGGGAAAUGGGUAUAUUAGCCAAGAAAACGAGAGCAUGUUAUCGGUUGAGACCGUGGAGGCCUCCCCGGCGAACCGCUCCAAACGUGAGCCGGUUUGGGAAUUUCACAGCCAAAUUGAAGAUGGUGAGGUUGGCUUGGAACUGACUCUUGGGUUGGCGCCAGUUCACGCCCACUAG